ACGGCGAGGCUCGAUCAGACAAUACAAUCGGCCAUCCCCGACCUGAAAGUAAUUGCUUUCAGCAAAAUGGCCAAAAGAACCAAAGAAAGUGAAACGCUUAUACUUAAAUCGCUCGAAUGGUAAAUACGCGCCAGCUCCAUAUCCGUUCGAAACCAACACAUCCGCAGUAGACGUCGCGGUCCCAUUGAAGAAAGCAGCAUUCCCGCGUCGCUCUGCUUCCAUUCAAGACGUGCAGAGCAAGAGGCGAGUAUAACGCACGGAUUUCCUGUGUGUCUUACGCACAUCCUCUAUACACGCUACAUGUGCCGAGCGCGCGCGACUCGCAGCGGCCGUCACGCUCGAGGCGCCAGUCUCGCCGCGCCUCCCGGACAAUGCGGUUGUUGCCGAAAAAUCGAGCGACGCCUACGACGCUCAGUGUCUCGCGCUUCUGCCUCGCGUGAGAAGGUGCGCUGGACGUUGACGAUUUCGAUAACUUGUGUGCGUGUAAAUGACGUGCUGCCGCUCCCCCGCUGACAUGUGAAGUUGGAGAAUAUAUUGUUGUGCAGUUUUUUCGGUGUUGAACGUUGUUGCACAGAGGAUGUUCAAGAUGUGCUGGCCGAGUGAGUCUCGAGGUAUGAUUGUUGUUCGCUCUCUGUAAAGCAGAUUAUUUUUAGACUUGGGGCUUCGAAAAUAAAUCUCGGGAAGGUCGUCCGAGACUUGUAGGCCCGGAGAGAAAAAUCUCAUCGAAACGAGAAACGUUUUACUCUUUGGAGUUGCGCGACGAUUUCGCUGCAUUCCGUGUUUUUUUUACCGGCGACGUGUUGGUUCAGUUGCGCGUUUGAUGAAGUAAGCAUUAUUCUCGGAACACAGUUCCAUCGGCAAAUAAGAGUCCCGCGCUCGCUGCGUCGUGAAACGUCGCUGUAGAAGAAAAACACUUCGAAAAUUUGCCUCCCGAGUGUCGACGCCGAGCGCGCAGUUUUAAUUCUGUUUUAUUGCAUUAUCUCGCGAAUUUCCGAGGAAUUCAAAGAAAAAUAACAAAGUGGAAGAGGUGCUUAUUUUUCGAUGAGAAAAGCAUUCCGCCGAGAAAAUGCCGCAUAGGAGUCAGAAGCAGCAGUGGAUAUCCCAGAUUUCCCGCUCGGAGAAUUCCAAGAGCGGCAGCGUCGAUUGCCUCGAACAGAUAGUUAAACACAUGUCACCAGUGCGAUGGAGCCGCAGGCGAUCCUCGAGUUCGGAGGAGUCCGAGCGCAACUGCUACAACGUGCAGACCUCGAGCGUGACCACCGAGCGCAUAUCCUCCUCGGGCUGCUCCGGCUCCUCGAGCCAGCACAAGAAGGACAAGAAGAAGAUCCGCGAGGAGCGGCGCAAGGCCAGCUGCGAGAAGAAGAACCCCCUGCUGGACCGGGUGCGCAACACGCGGCUGAGCUUCCUCAAGGACAGCAACCACGCCGAGCUCUGCGACCUGGAGCCCGAGGACGAUCUCGAGUUCCAGAGGCAGCAGCAGUUCCGCUCGAUGUGCGAGCUACGCGCCGCUGACGCCGGCCUGGCGAGGAACGACUUCCGCCGCUCGAUAUGCGAGAACGAUCUCAAGCAGAUCAUUGCCAAGGAGCUCGAGGAGGACGAGGUGGAGGAGGAGGAGGAGGAGGAGCUCAAGAAGAGGAAGCGCCGAUCCAAGUCGCAGAGCAGGCUGCCCUGCAUGGGACAGUCCGACGAGCGCUUCGUCCUCUUCGGCUUCAAGCUCAACGAGAGCCCGAAGCCGAGGCGCCGGCGCUGGAGGAAGAGCAAGGACACCCUGUGCUCGGCCAAGAGCGACAACGAGCAGGAGCCACCGGCCAACGACGAGAAGACCGCCGGCGUCGAGGGCAAGACUCCCGCCGGCAAGUCCAAGUUCGAUACCGUCACGCCGUCGAGCUGCUUGGCCGCCAAGUUCCGAGCGAUGCAAAACAGGUACCUGAAGAGCUCGACGAGCAAGCUCAUCGGCAAGAUCUACAAGAAGGAGGGCGACAGCAAGGACAAGGAGCGCAAGCGGCUGCGCAGCUUCUCCUACGGCACCCUGCCGGGCCUCGACGAGCUGCGCACGAACCCGCUCUUCGAGGACCACGACCAGGAGCCCGAGGACAACGACAACGACUCGGGCAUUCUCGACAACGACUCGGCCACCAGCUCGCUGCUCGACGACAGGUGCAGCAGCGUCGCCUCCGAGUCCCUCGUCCACGGCAGCUCGGCCGAGCCCACCGUCCUCGGCCUGCCGCCCAAGAUCCCGCCCAGGAGGCCCAGCGCGCCGCACCUGCACGGCCAGCUGAGGAGCAAGGAGCUCAGGCUCUUCCGGAGCACGUCGCUGCUAGACGAGGCCGUGGACAGCAACGUCGGCUUGUCCUCCCCGGCGCUGAGCAGUAAGGAGUCGACGCCCGAGCCGAGCAAGCUCGAGGUCAUCCGGAGCAACGCCAGCGUGAAGAAGACGCUCAUCGUGAAGCUGCACCGGGAGACGAGCGAGCAGUGCCUCGGCAUCUUCAUCGCCAAGACGCCCGACUCCGCGGGCUACCUCGUGGCCCACGUUGUGCCUAACGGCCUGGCCGACAAGGAGGGCAGCCUCAAGAUCGGCGAUGAGAUCCUCAUCGUCAACGGCAAGCGGCUGCGCGGCCUGACGAUGCCGGAGGCCCGCAAGAUCCUGAGCAGCGGCGGCGGGGCGCCCGGCGAGAUCGACAUCGUCGUGUCCAGGAUGAUACCGAGCAACCUGCCGGUGCAGAAGCGCCUGAUGGAGAGCAGCGUAGACUACGAGAACGUGAGCAUCGAGAACGGCCACGGGGUCAUCGUCACGCCCGAACCGUCGCACUUCAGGAAGCAUCACCAGUCCAGGCGGCAGAGGAGCAACCGAAAGCUCGACGAGGCAAAGAACUCGGCCAAGGAGAACGACAAAUCCAUGGAGAGUCUGCCGAACUUCUGCACGCUGCCCAGGAGGCCCAGGAACACCAUGUCGACCUUCCUCACCGUCGUCUUCGAGAAGGGAGCCGGCAAGAAGUCACUGGGAUUCACGAUCGUCGGCGGAAGGGACAGUCCGAAGGGGAGCAUCGGCAUCUUCGUGAAAUCGGUACUGCCUACCGGCCAAGCCGCCGAAGAUGGCCGAUUGCGCGCGGGAGACGAAAUUCUGGCGCUCAACGGGCAGAUAUGUCACGAUCUGACGCACCGCGAAGCCGUCCAGCUGUUCAGAAACAUCAAAAACGGGCCCAUCGCAUUGCAUCUCUGUAGGCGAGUUCGAAAUCGAGAUACGCAAGCGUUAAAAGCCAAAUCUUGCGCCGAUCUGCUGAUGGCCGACACGUGACGAAUGGAAUCUGUACAUUGCUAUAGAUAUCAGAUAUUACUUUAAUGUAAAUAUUGUAAAUUGUAAAAUUGUUGAAGAAUAAAUAUAUUAUUUAAUUGAAAAAUCUAUGUAACUAUAUAAAAAAA